UCGACACGUUCUCUCUCUAUCACGGAAAAAAAGAAAAAAAAAAAAAACCCCAACAAAGAAAAUAUUUCCAAUUCGAGUCUCUUCAAGGAAACACGAGCUCGCAGGGUGUAAAUCUUUAGCUAAAAUUGGGAGUUUCUUCCGCUUUUUAUUUAUUUCUUCCAUUUUUCCUCUUAUCUCAUCUAUUUUUAUCCAUUUCCGUACUCGAAACUUCUUGUUCGAGCUCAGAAGAAAUUCGAAUCUAGGGUUAGGGUUCGGGAUUUCAGCGGAUAAACCGAAAUGAAAUGAAUUAAGAGUUUCAACUGGUGAAGGAGAAAUACCAUGUGUCUUCAAUGAAACAGGUUGUCUCGAGCUUAUUGUUCGGGUCCUGUUACAGUUGGUUGCAUAUAGAGUUUUUGGCGGUUCUUUUUUAAUGGCGGCUGCAAAUCCACAGCCACUACAAGCGCGCCCUUUCGAAGAACAUGCGCUAGUACCUAUACAGAUCGAGGACGACGAUGUCGAGUACGAGGACGGUGCCGGGGAUGAUGCCGUGGAUGACAUAGAAGAGACAAACAUGAACUCUGUGAGUGUUGCAGAGCAUGGAGGAGGAGGUGUAGUUAUGGCGUCGAGGACUAGUGAGCUUACUCUUUCUUUUGAAGGAGAGGUUUAUGUGUUUCCUGCUGUUACACCUGAAAAGGUGCAAGCAGUACUCUUACUCUUGGGAGGACGUGAUAUACCUACUGGGGUUCCUACAAUUGAAGUUCCUUAUGAUAAAAAUAACAGAGGCGUAAGUGACACUCCAAAGCGCUCAAAUCUUUCAAGGCGAAUAGCCUCCUUGGUUAGGUUCCGUGAAAAACGGAAGGAGAGAUGUUUUGAUAAGAAAAUUAGGUACACGGUACGAAAAGAGGUUGCUCAGAGGUACUAACUUUUAUUUUCAGAUGAACUCUUAACUGAUAUUAGUUAGUUAGUAUUUUUUCUUGCAAUUACAUGUUUUUUUUAGGAGCUAAUUCUUUAAAUUUAUUCAUCUGAAACUACGAGUUUUAUGGGAUCAUUUAAUGUUUUUUUGAAUAUUUAUGUUCCGCUAUUAUUGAGACUACUCAUUAUAGCGAGACAUGACCAAUGAACCACAC